AUGCAGUCGUCAAUUGCAGCCGCAACUAUAACAGUUAACAAAAGCAGUGACAUCAAUCAUAAUGUUGAUAACAUCAGCGCAUUCAAUUGUGACUUUUAUAACGCAGUCAACACACAUUUUCAACAUUCUUCCAACAUUAAUUACAACAACAUCAACAAUGUUGAUUCGUUCUGCAACGAAUUUUUUCAAUUCGGCUUCAGUGACGUCGAAUUCAGAAGUUUCCCAUUUACGAACAGUUUGUUGGAUUUUGGAGUUGCUAGUAACAAUUUUCAACAAUGUUUUGUUGAAAAUUGCGAGAACAACAACAGCAAUAACACUACAAAAAACUUUAAUCCCGGCAACAACAACAAUAUCCUGUCUUAUAACAAGACCAUUCACGAAAUCGAAAAUGUCAAUAACAUCAAUACAAACAACAGCAUCAUCAACCUGAACAACAACAACAACAAUGUCAAUACGUUUUACAAUCAAAAAAAAUCCAUCACAAAGUUCCACACCGGACCAAAGUACCAUUUCAUCCCAAACUACCACACCACCUUCUCCGUUGCAGGGUACCAGCUCGUCCCUGAGUACCAGCUCGUCCCUGAGUACCAGCUCGUUCCUGAGUACCAGCUCGUCCCUGAGUACCAGCUUGUCCCUGAGUAUCAGUCCUUGCCAGCACAACCCAUCGCCUCAUCAUCGAAAGAAACGCAAGCGAGUGAUCAACAAGACGCAACGACAGGCUGCCAACCUUCGCGAGAGAAAGCGAAUGAAUCGACUGAACGAGGCCUUCGAGAUUCUUUGGCAGAAGAUGCCCAAACAAGCUUUUGGUCAAUUUUCCAAGCAAAUGGCCAGUCAGAUGAAGUUCUCCAGGGUUUUUAUUCUAAAGUCCGCACUCGGAUAUAUCGAAUAUUUGAGUGA